CGCAUUGCCGAUGGCCGCCGGACCGCCGCCCUCCGCCGCCCCCCUCCUCCUCCUCCUCGCCGCCCUCCUCCUCGCCCGCCCUCCCCCGUCCCUCCAGCAGGCGAUCAGCGCCGCCGACCUCGCCGCCCUCCUCGCCGUCAAGGGCAGCCUCACCGACCUCCCCGGCGCCUCCUUCUUCUCCACCUGGGACUUCGCCGCCCCCGACCCCUGCUCCUCCUUCGCCGGCCUCACCUGCUCCCUCUCCGGCCGCGUCGCCGUCCUCUCCCUCGGCGCCGGCGGCCUCUCCGGCUCCCCGGGGCUCGCCGGCUCCCUCUCCCCGUCCCUCGCCCGCCUCACCGGGCUCACCCAGCUGAUCCUCUCCCCGGGCAUCGUCACCGGCCCGAUCCCGCCGGAGCUCGGCCGCCUCCCGGAGCUCCGCGUCCUCUCCCUCACCAACAACCGCCUCACCGGCCCGAUCCCGGCAUCCCUCGCCGCGCUCCGGGGCCUCCACACCCUCGACCUGAGCUACAACCAGCUCGCCGGGCCGAUCCCGCCGCGCCUCCCGGCGCUGCCGGGGCUCAAGGUCCUGAUCCUGGCGUCGAACCGGCUCUUCGGCCGGGUGCCGCCCGUCUCGGCGGCGCUCCUCCACCUGGACCUGAGGAAGAACCUCCUCUUCGGCCAGGUGCCGCCGCUGCCGCCGACGCUCCGGUACCUGUCGCUCAGCGGCAACGCCAUGUGGGGCCCGCUCAGCGGCCUCGCAUCGCUCUCGGAGUUAGUGUACCUCGACCUCAGCAUGAACCGUUUCGGUGGGCCCAUCCCGCCCUCCCUCUUCUCCACCCCGUCCCUCCAAUCAAUGCUCCUGCAACGGAACAAUCUCUCCGGUGGGGUCCCCGCCGCCGGAGCCGCCUCCGACCCGCCAUCCUACGGCCCCGGAUCCGUCGUGGACCUGAGCCACAACGCCCUGGCGGGGGAGCUGUCGACGGCGCUCAUCGGGGUGGAGACCCUGUACCUGAACAACAACCGCCUGACGGGGAGCGUCCCGAAGGAGUACGUCAAGAGCGUGCUCCAGGGCCGCACCCGGACGCUGUACCUGCAGCACAACUACAUCUCCGGGUUCCCGUGGGACCGCGGGAUGGCGGUGCCGGACGCCGCGGAGGUCUGCCUGUCGUACAACUGCAUGGCGCCGCCCGUGGGGCUCGAGGGCUGCCCGGCCAGCGCCGGGACGCAGCCGUCGCGGCCCGCCUCGCAGUGCUCGGCGUUCCGCGGCGGGGAAAACCCGCGAGAUUGAUUGACGGCAUGGUCGGCGGGGACGCGAGACAUUAUUUCAAGAUGUUAUACGAGGUUUCCAAUACAAUUUUAACUUGUAGAUUUGGGGGGAAUACUUUAGUUAACUCAAAUUCUAAUUUUUGUUUUUGGCCAUUUCCUUCCCUUUUUUUUUUUUUGCUUUAAUUUUGCUCAAAGAGGUUGUAACUUGCUUUGAUUUUUUCUUUUAUGGGGUUUUUUUCUUUUACUAAUUUUGUUAGCGUACGUUAAUAGACAAAAAGGGGAGUGACGGGGUGUGAUGGAUUUGAUACAGCAUCAAUGAAAAAAGGGGGCGGUGAAGUGACAUUUGCAUGAGCUAUGGUCUUUUCUCGUCCUUUGUCGCUUCUUCCUUCGUUUUGUCGUCCAUGCUGUCUUGCUGAUCAAAUAUCGCUGUUGGAAGCCAUAGCUGUCGACUGUUUCCUCUCAAUGUUGAACAGUGGGGAGUUAACUACUAAUCCCAGAGAAUGUAAAUCCCGAAUACGAGAAACACGGGAAUGGAAUGAAAGGGUCGGCGGAGAUGGAUCCGCUCGGGAUGGAGGCAAGAUGAUAACUAUUGAA